UGUCGGGGGUGGGAGCGCCGACUCCUGGGUUCUUUUACCCGCUGUCUCUGCUCGCCCUUGUGCCCGUUGCAUCCCCUCUGCCAGGGGCCGACCCCGAGGGGAUCUGGUCUCCUUGCAGAGGUGUCACCUCCUGUCCCUCCCCCAGCUUUCCUUCCUGCUGAGGACAGCUACACCGAGGCCCUGUCAGUGAUCCAGGAUCCUGCCCAGAGCCAGACCCCGCCAGGGGACUCUGUCAGCAUGAGAUGCCACGUAGCCGUCGGGGCCCAGGAAUGGAGCCGGCUCCGCCUGGAGUGGAAGAGGCGCGACCUCCCCGUGGCUCUCUGCACGGCUCUGAUCCUUCUGCCCAGCAACCCCAACCACAGCUGCAUCCCUCGCUUCAACCUGACCUGGCAAUGGCCCCAGGUGACGAUGCACCUGGACAAUGCCACCGAGCAGGACACGGGGGUCUACGAGUGCUCGGUGAACGUGGAGAUCCCGAACCUGCUAUCGGCCGUGGGGAAUGGCACUGCGCUGAAUGUCUCCGCAUCAGCAGGAGGGGCUGUGAGCUACACAGGCCUGUGGUGGUGGCUGGCCAUCGGGGGAGCGGCCGUGGGCAUCAUACUGCUGCUCGCUGGGGGUCUCUGCUGCUACAGGCACUGGCACUUGUGCAGGAAGACAUGCAGGAAGACAGAUGAGGAGAUCUAUGAGAACGUGCAGCUGGAAGCCAACAAGUCCACGUGCUGCAAGGGCAACCAGAGCAAGAGAGCCGAUGUCUACAUUGUGAAUCUCCAAUCCAGAGGGCACCUGCCGGUACCUCCGCAGCACGUGCACCACGGCAGGGCCCCGAGGGCCCAACGCAUCCACUGA